AUGGAUGGCGUUACCAACAUCGACGAAGGCCCGAAAGGCUCCUGGAAAUCCCGCAACUGCCUCAGCCUUGGCGAGUACCUCUGUUCAUGGUCCUUCAACGGCACCUGGUUGACAGUCGCGCGACGUUUUUGCAUGUGGGCCAUCAUAAUUUUACGAACAGUCACCAACAUCCUGGCCAUGGCCCACAACACUCUUGGAAGCAAGAUCGUGAGCAUGAUUUGCGGUGUCAUCAUCGGCAUCAUCUCCUUCGCCUUUGUCUUUUGGUGCCUCACAAUUAUCGACCGCGCUCGUGGAAAUCGUGCUUGCUGGUUCUGCGGACUGGUCGUUGGACGAACUCACCUAGAUGUUUUUGUUAUUGUCAAUGCCAUUCUCCACCUCUCCCUUCUGGCAUCGUUCUGGCAGCUGGUACUUCAUACAGCCGUCGGCUUCAACAUCAUCUGGUUCGCCCUCUGGGUUCUGAUUGCUUUCUAUGGAUUCCUCUGCACAAGAGCCCCGCUGUCUAUUUAA